ACAGGGUGGAAACAGAUAAGGUGCCGAGAGCGCGGCGUUCGUGGGUCGGUUGAGUCAUGUGGGUCCGUCCGAUUUAUCUGGACGCUCUAGAAGGAGUAUUACCGAUUUUUUUUGGACGGAGAGAGUACCUAUUUUUUUGGUUCACUCAGCCACCGGAACAGCUGAAGAGUGUUAAGUUGCAAAAAAAAAAGAUCUGGUGGCUAAAUAGAACAAUUGCGCUCUUUCGACAGGCUCCACGUGAUGUAAAUGGCCUAUCCAUUGAGAGUGUGCCUUGUUUCCGCCAUUGGUAACUAGUAUAAGCAGGUACUGCUAAUUGAACAUGCGAUUUUCUUGUGCAAAAAAAUUUUGAGCAUGUGAUUUUAAAUGCAGUUGGCCGAACUAAAUUCAUUUGGUUGACAUGGUUGGUUUUAUAGUUCAGUCAAUUAAACUCAUUAAUUGGUUGUUUCUAAAUAGAGCCAAUUGCCCUGGAUCUUUUUUCAAGGAUAAAAGGUCACCUAAAAAUACAUUUGAGCAAUUUUUGUAAUAAAAGGCGAAAUGUGAUAAUACAAUUGAUAAAAAAAUCUAAGCUGUUAUAUAUUAUGUACAGUAUGCUGGAAAACGUGUACGUGCAGAAGAAACAUACCAUGCACAAUAGACACAGUUGAUGUGACUCGCACCACGAUCAACACAUGUCCGACUACGAUUCCCACACAAGUGAAAAAAAUCAUCUUUAGGCUUUGUUUAGAUGUUGUCGGAUUUACUUGUUCGUGUAGAUUGGAGUGGAAUUGAGUUCAAAUUUCACUCUAAUCCACUUCAACACAUGUGGAUUGAGAUGAAUCCAACUAUAUCCAAACAAGGUCUUAUUAAAAAGAAGAUUCACCUAUAUAUAAAAUGCAAACCGUCCUUCACAUGCAGUGGUGAAAAUAUUGGGGUUUGGUGUGGGAGGCCGACGAUGUUUCAGUGGCCUGGCGCAUGUCGGCAUGUGUUCCACGUGAUGCAGACUAAUUUUCAAUAAUUGGGCGCUGUUCGUUCUGUUUGAUAAGAUGCUAUAUUGUUUAUUUAUUAUAUAUAAUUUAUUUAUUAUAUAUAAACUAUCUUUAGAGACAUCUUCCUUUUUGAUUGAGGUGUCUCUAUCAAAAUCGAGGCAAGAUAUUAAUUGGCUUGACCCACCUAUUUUAAUUAAAUCUUAAGUCCCAUAAUAAACAUUACUUGGUUCAAAUAAUUGAUUCCUGCAGGUGAGGUUAGAAAAAGUGGAAGGUGAGCCACUAUAAUGUGUGUCAUGUUACGGCAAACAUAGUUUUAGGUUUGACCGACUAGGCUGUGCCGCUGUGGUACUGAGUUAUGCAAUGUCAAUAAGAUUUCUUUCAACUGCAAACUAAUUGAGAAAUAGUGAGAAUAGAAGAAGAGUGAUGCCGCAAGUAGUUAGGAGAGGGUAGCAAAAAGAGGAUGAAAUGCUGGUUCUUUAAUAUUAAAGUAUAGCUAUAGACAUAAGUGAUAGAUUACGAGAACGAAAGAAGAGUGAUGCUGCAUGUAGUUAGGUGGAGGUCGAAAAAAAGAUAAAAUAUAAAUAUAGAUAUGUAGAUAUGUAUUAUGAAUUAAUAUUAAGAAAUGUUCGUUUUGAUUAUUUCUCAAAAAAAAGUUCUCUAUUUAAUGUGCUCACUCAUCCCCGAAGGUAAGCUACCUGCAUACCUUUUCUCCUUCGUCUCCACACCCGCGCAAAAACACAGCAAGGCUCCAUGAACAAGUUGGCAUCGUCCUGCUUCCUCCAGCACGGAGCACCCUCCUCCCAAAGCUUCAAGUUGAAGCCUUGCCAUGUCCAGAGAUCCCCUUCACUGCAGUUGUUUGACAGACGAUCCGUUUCCAUGCCCCGGCGUGCUGCGGACCAUGCUGCCAGAGCCACCACCGUCGACGUCGCCGUCGUCACCGGCACCACCACCUUCGACAUCGAGCGCUACCUGUCCGCCAACGCCAGGACCGUGCACGACGCGCUGGACCUUGCCCUGCAGGGCCUUGGGUGCCCCGAGGUCCUGCGCGAGUCCAUGCGCUACUCCGUCCUCGCGGGCGGCAAGCGCCUCCGCCCCGCGCUGGCGAUCGCCGCGUGCGAGCUCGUGGGCGGUCCCGCGGCGGCGGCCGUCCCGGUGGCCUGCGCCGUCGAGAUGAUGCACACCGCGUCGCUCAUCCACGACGACAUGCCGUGCAUGGACGACGACCCGCUCCGCCGCGGCCGACCCUCCAACCACGUCGCGUUCGGCGAGCCCACGGCGCUGCUCUCGGGCGACGCGCUCCUGGCGCUCGCGUUCGAGCACGUCGCCCGUGCAAGCGCCGGCGCCGGCGUCCCCGCGGACCGCGCGCUCCGAGCCGUCCUGGAGCUCGGGAGCGCAGCUGGAGUCGGCGGAAUCGCCGCGGGGCAGGUCGCCGACAUGGCGAGUCAGGGAGCCUCCUCCGGCUCCGUCAGCCUGGCCGCGCUGGAGUACAUCCACGUGCACAAGACGGCGCGGCUAGUGGAGGCCGCGGCGGUGUCGGGCGCCGUCGUCGGGGGCGGUGGCGACGGCGAGGUCGAGCGCGUCCGUCGGUACGCGCACUUCUUGGGGCUUCUGCUCCAGGUGGUGGACGACGUUCUGGACGUGACGGCCACGUCGGAGCAGCUCGGGAAGACGGCGGGCAAGGACGCGGCCGCCGGCAAGGCCACGUACCCGCGGCUGAUGGGCAUGGAGGGGGCGCGCGCAUACAUGGGCGAGCUACUGGCGAAGGCCGAGGCGGAGCUCGACGGGUUCGACGCCGCGCGUGCGGUGCCGCUGCUGCACCUCGCGCGGUUCAUGGCGUACAGACAGCACUGACUGACGCCGAUUGUGGGGACUGGCCGGCUCAUCGGAAACACGUGAAAACGAUGCGUUUUUUUUUUUUUUGGAGCUGCUCAGAUCUCAUGAUGGAGCGAUUACUUGUCCCGGCCUAAAAGGCUGUAUGGGCUUCCAAGUGGAGUGACACUGAAGUGUGAAAGUUGCAACCCACUUUAUGGGCCGUUAUGGACCGUUAAGGACCAGAGUUCGCAGCUGUGGGCUGACGGGCUAUCUUCUCCCCAAGUAGCCUGUAUAAGUGCGGUUGUUCCCCUCAAAUUAAAAAAAAAGUGCGGUUCUUAGUUAAUUAUUCUUGUACUCCUAUAUCCUAUAUUCAUCUAAAUGUGUCUAUAUAUAAUACUCUGUUUUUCUC